GGACACAAACAGGAAAUACGUAAAACUCAAGCUCUCACAGAAGCCUCAGUGGCUCUAUUUUCUAGCUAGCAUUAAAACGGUCGUUCCUCCACCGUUAGGCGUUAAAGGACAAAUUUCUCCAGUACCAUUUCUUGUUGGACUGAAACGGCGAGUUUUUCAAGAUGGGGGGCGGUGAUCUUAACCUGAAAAAGAGCUGGCAUCCCCAGACUAUGAAAAACAUUGAACGUGUGUGGAAAGCUGAGCAGAAAUAUGAGGCUGAACGCAAGAAGAUUGAGGAGCUCCAGAAAGAGCUGAAAGAGGAACGGGCCCGAGAAGAAAUGACCAGAUUUGCAGAGGACACUGGUGCCAUCAAAAAGAAGGAUGAUCGCCUGGACUGGAUGUACCAGGGCCCCGCUGGUCAGGUGUCCAGAGAUGAAUAUCUGCUAGGACGUCCCAUUGACAAGCAGAUCACCGACCAAUACGAGGAGCCAGAGAGCGGUCCAUCAGCUGAGACCGGCCUCCUGCCAGGCUCCAUCUUCAACCCCGCCACUCCUGCCUCCAACCUUGACCUGGCCGCCAAGAUCAGGGAAGACCCCCUCUUUGAAAUCAGGAAACGUGAGGAAGAAAAGAAGAGGGAAGUCUUGACUAAUCCAGUGAAGAUGAAGAAGAUCAAAGAAAUGCUGCGCCAGAAUCUCGACAAGAAAGACAAGAAAAAGAAGAGGAAGAAGGACAAAAAGGAGAAGAAAGGAGACAAAGAGAGGAGAAAGGAGAAAAAGCACAAGAGAAGAAGUUCAAGUUUGAGCUUAGACGAGGAAUAUGAGAAAAAACACAGGUCACAUUCACGAGAUGACUCCUCAGCAGACACCAAGUCUCGUUCCCAUCAUUUUCCAGGCUACGGCCUACAGCUCACUGCUGGCAGACAUCACCAGUCCUCAGCUCCCUCCAGUCACUCGGGGCGCCAUGAGAGGAGCCACUCCCGAUCACCUCAGAGGAACUACAGGGACAGUCAGUCUUCCUCCUCUUCCUCACACAGAGGCGACAGGAAUAUCAAGCCCAAAGCCUCCAGCCCCCAGAGAGAGCGUUACCACAGACAGAGGAGCCAUGUGUCCAAGAAGCUCUCUGCAGAAGACCUGGAGCGAAAGAGGCGGGAGAUGAUGGAUGGGGCCAAGCAGAGGGAGGAGGACAGGGAGAAUAAUGUGAAGCGAUACAAGAGGCAAGACGAGCAGGAAAGGCAGCAGGAACAAAAUGCCAAGCAUGUCCGCCAUGCUGGCUUCAUCCAUGACAUGAAGUUGGAGAGUGCUGCCAGCUCUUCCUUAGAAGAUAGAGUGAAGAGGAAUAUCCACUCCAUCCAGAGGACGCCAGCCUCCUUGGACAACUUCAUGAAGAGAUGAAGACACAAGACAUUUACCACACAGUGUAUGAACUGAUUGAAAACAACUGGCCAGAGUAUGCCAUCCACUCCUGUAUCUGUAUCUCUAAUGUGCUGAGGCAAAGGGGUGGAUGGUAUGGUGCGAGUCUGUCAUGAAUUCAGACAG